CUUUGGGGCAUUUGCGUGUGCCGUAUCUUGGCCAGAGGAUAUCUGCCAGACUAGUGUGAGGAGCGUCUCAGACCUUGGGCAGCGUUGGAAAGGUCUUUCAUGAGGCUCGACAGCAAUAGAAAAUGCUUCUCCAACAUCUCGAGCCGGUCUCCUGAUUCUUAGCCUCCAGCCUCUGCUUCUUCUCUUCUCAACUCAUCGCCAUGAAGUUCUCGCUCAUUGCCUGUGCCGUCUUGGCCUCCUCCGUGCUCGCAGCACCCGCCGUUUCUCCCCCGAAGCCCGGCCAGGCCAUCCCAGCUGUCACUCUCCCCAUCCAGAAGCACGCUGUUGAGGGCUCCAAGAUUGACCGCGCAAGGAACAACGCGAAGGCCCAAAUCUCCAAGUGGGGCGCGCGCACUCACCCCAGCCUCGUUGGAGGAAACGCUCCCUUGACCAACGAUGCCAACGAACUCUACUGGGCCCCCGUCAAGGUCGGAUCCCAGUCGUUCACCGUCGACCUCGACACCGGUUCCUCUGACUUCUGGCUUCGUGGCGCCGACUGCACCUCCAACGACGGAAGCUGCGGGAACGGCCAACGGGGUGUGGAUGUGAGCGAGUUCUCCGACACCGGCCUCACCUACGACGACGGGUACGGCUCUGGUUCCGCUUCCGGUGAGAUCUACCAGGGAACCUACACCCUCGCUGGUCUGACCGCCAAGAACGCCUACUUCGGUGUGUCCACCUCCGAAACCGGGUUCACCGACCCCGCCGACGGUCUCUUCGGUCUCGGAUUUGCCGCCCUCUCCAACAUCGGCUCUUCCACCAACGGAAAGGCUCCCAUCGACGAGCUCAAGGUCACCUCCUUCGGAUUCUACCUUUCCAACGCCGCCGACGGUGACAACGGCGAGGUCACCUUCCAAGGCUCCGACUCCCGCAAAUACACCGGUUCCUUCAGCUACCUCCCAUUGAACGCCCGGACCUACUGGCAAUUCUCCCUCUCCGGCGCGUCCAUCAGCGUCGGUGGCAGGAACAUCCGCUUCAGCGUCGCCAACGGCAUCGCCGACACCGGCACAACCCUCAUCAUCGUCGGAGACUCUGAGGCCUCCGCCAUCUACAAGGCCAUCGGCGCCGACUCCCAGGGUAACAUCAACUGCAACGUCGCCAGAACCGGCCCCAACGUCACCUUCAACCUCGGCGGCAAGAGCUUCGUCAUCCCUCCCAGCGUCUACGUCUUCAACGACGGCCAGGGCUCCUGCAUCUCUGGCAUCAUGGGCGGUGCUGGUCAAGCCGGUGUUGUCAUCUUCGGUGAUGUGUUCACUCGCCAAUACUACACUCUCUUCGACGUUACCAACAGGCGCGUUGGUUUCGCCCUCGCCCGCCACCCUUAGGUACCCCCCGGACAGCAGUGCGAUCGUCUCGGAUGGCCCGGGCGGUCUGAGAGCACACGGUGGAUGCUGUUGUUUACAUAUCCAUAACUUUCUUCCACGAUAUAUGUAUACCUCUGUAUAUUAGACCUUUAUUUGCCUUCCCAUCCCUGUUUAUAUUUUGGC